AUGACACGACGGUCUAAUGCCAUUUCCGGAUAUGGAAAAAGUCUCCUUCAGCCUUAUCUUCGUCAGCAAAAACAGCUCUGGGUACCCAGAGACCCUCUCUUUGCGAUGUACAAAAUUAUGUUCCCGAAUGAGAUCGAGAUGCGGAAAAGAAUGUUCCGCAGAAAGAAGGGACAGUUUCUUGUGCCGGGACCGAACUACCAGUGGUGUAUUGACGGCCAUGACAAACUCAAAGCGUAUGGUUUCGAGAUCUAUGCCGCGAUCGAUGCUUACUCCCGCAAUAUUAUCUGGUUCUAUGUCGGCCACUCGGCAACGACCGCCUUGAGCGUUCUAAAACAAUAUUUGGCCGCCUGUGGCGCCUACGGAAUUCGGCCAUGGUAUCUGCAGGCAGAUAGAGGCAGCGAAACGCCACUGGUCGCAGCGGCCCAUUGGAACUUUGCUUUGGCGGCAGAUGGACGAGUGGAGUGGAAUGGGCGCGCCUUCAAGCAAGGAAAGCGCUUAAAGGAUUCUUACAAGGCUGCACCAAGCACCAAGAACGUGAAAAUAGAGAAAUGGUGGGAGAGUAUGCUGCACAUCUCCUCCCGGCAGUGGGUUGACUACUUUGGGGAGCUCGCCAGGGACGGUGACUUCGACGGCGAUAUGUUGGAGGAUCAGAUUGCCAUCUACGCAGUAUAUGAAGAUAUAUUACGCCAAGAACUGUUCGACUUCGUGGAGGCUUGGAAUCUUCAUCGAAUCCGCCUUCAGAAGAAUCGUCCCCACGUGGUUCACGGUCAGCCCUGGAUGAACUACCAUUACCCAGAUCCCGACAAGGCGUGCAACUGGGGUAUCCCCAUUGACCACUCAGCUCUGGCUGAAUUAGAGCGGCCAUUGGCUGACAUCGACAUUAAUACUUGCUUAGAGCCAGAGACAAAAGAUUGGUGCCGCCAAGUCCUUGUCGAAAUGGGCUUCGACGACGUGGCCCUUGGAACUCAACAUGAGCCGGACAAAUUGCGGCCUUUCAAGCGUUUCUACUUAGGCCUUCGAGACAGGAUCAUUCAACACAUCGAGAGUGGCCAGCGGCCUCUAUUGGCAUUUCGCAAGGCGCCAACAGGUGGCAUCGCUGAAUAUGAAGCAUUAUACGAGCAAGCAAAUCAGGCCUUCUACUAUGAGCUUGGUGAUGCAGAACCAACAGAACAGCCACUUGUUGAACUAGGAUAUGAGGAUGAGGAAGGAAACGACAUAGAAGGAAUUAGUGAUGACGAGGGUGCCGAGAUUUCUGAUGAGGAACCCGAGUAG